UUCAUACUCAUAAUUUGUUAUAUUGGUAAUUUCACUGGUGUUUGCAAUCCUAUUCCCUUCCUUUUCCCGCACAUACCUCAACGCAUUCGUUGGAGCGAGAGGCGACACUAGCGCCCUCGAGUCGUGUGGGCAACAUAACAAACAAAUCAAUGGCUGACAACGCGCGCGAGAGCUCACGUCUCUCUCCGAUACAAAAAUCGAUAUUGAGUGGAAAAUUGGUGUGAUUUGUGUUGAACUUUAUUUGUGGCAGUGCUCCUCGUACAAGAAAUCGCCGUAGAAGACAACAGCACAUGACAGCGGCGGUGACGCGGCAAGAUGGCGGUGUCUGACGUCAUCGCGCAAGAUGGCGCCCACUCAAACGUCAAACUGCACCCGUAUUUAGUUACCUUAGUUCGCUGGUGCGUGUCAUGCGUGUGGGGCACUGCCACGGUGCUGCUGCAUCGACUGCUCACCGCGCCCGCGCCGCCCAUCGCACCGAGCAAGCCAGCUACGAAGUCUCGAGUGGCCGGCAGCGAGCAUCUACACCCCGAACCACGCGUGCAAUGCGAGGUGCUGCACGCGCCCUCGCGGCACCAGCUCGACGUCGUGUUCGUGCACGGACUCUACGGUUCACUCGGCAACACAUGGCGUCAAGGCGAGUGGCGCACCAAGUACAAGCUGGACCCUCCCACUGUCACCCUCCGCAGCCACAGCCCGGAGCCCUGCGCCUGUACCCGCCCCCUCCCCGCCCCCGGCCACGCCUACACCUCCGAGCUGAACGGCUCCGUCAUCGACCAGCUCAGCGGCUGCUUCACCAAGAUCCUGCCCAACGAGAACUCACUCAUCACUGAGAAGUUCUAUAACAAUACUUUAAUCAGUAAUGAUAACUAUCAGACGCAAGCCAAGUUCGUCUCCGAACUCUUCAGGAAUGACUGUGACAACACCCGUGAUGAUGACCCCAAGUGUACUGACGAAGAGUUUGUCAGUGAGUGCAAGUGUGUGAGUGUGAGGAAAGGUGCCAAGUGUGAGCCGGGCUGCGGCUGCGUGUGCGACGAGUGCUACUCGCACUGCUGGCCGAGGGACUGGAUCAAGGAGGACUUCCCCGGAGCGAGGGUCAUCUCUAUCAAUUAUACGAGUGACCCUUACUUGUGGAGGCCGCUGUGGAUCAAGGGUAAUAAAAGACUCACACUACAAGAGCGCGCGGCGCAGAUGACGUCACAACUGCUGGCGCUGGGGGUGGGGCGGCGUCCCGUCGUGUGGGUGGGGCACUCCAAGGGCGGACUCUUCAUCAAGCAGAUAUACUGUGACGCUUAUGAAGCGCAUCUGAAAAUGGAGAACAGUGUUGCCAAGCAACACGUAACUAAUAAUAACUUAGAAGAACAAACUGACAGACAGUAUAAUAAGAACAUAGUUCAUAAUGUAGAUAAUAUUACCUGUAGAUAUAGUGAGGAUGAGGAAGCAACUAGACGUAAGGGUCAAACCAACACCACCCGUAACACACUACUCAACAACUUUAUACAAGAACAGAACAACGGCUGUGCCGCUAACGGUGAGACUACACUUAGAAGUAUAGACGAAAUGAAUGACGUGAGAAACAACAAUAACUCCGGUAACAGUAGUUUUAAUGAAGAUGAUGAAAUAGAUUUAGAUGUGAAUUGUAAUGUGGAACAAGGAACGUAUGGCUGUACACAAAACGGUGAUGUUUUAGACAAUAAGCAAGCUAGAAGUAAUGAUAAGUCAGACUUUAUAGAUGUAAGUGAUACAAGUGAUCAGACAGAGAGUGCAGACAGAGAUGUGACGACAGACAAAAAUGAAGAAAUGUCUUCAAAUAACGAAGAAGACAGUAUCUCGUCCUCAUCUCGCGCGGGUCUGUGGCGCUCGAGCGCGGGCUUCAUGUUCUACUCGGUGCCGCACCGCGGCUCGCCGCUCGCCGACAUCAAGACGCCCAUCACCUGCCGCAGCGUCGAGCUGCAGGAGAUCGCUAAGGAUUGUCCCCUAGUACUGGACCUACACUCGCGCUGGCUCCGCGCAGUAUCAGGCGCGAGCGAUGCGGGCGGCGCGGCGGCGCGGCCGCUCGUGCGGAGCAUCGUGGAGACGUGUCGCACGCUCAUGUCCGUGCUGUGGCUCAGGAUCGUCAGCGAGGACUCCGCCGACGCGGGCGUGGGCACUCUGCUGGGCGUGGGCGUGGAUCACCGCGAGGUGUGCAAGCCCGCCUCGCGCCGCUGCAAGCUCUACGCCGCGCUCGCCGACACCAUCCGCGCCGCGCUGCACCGCUGUCACUGUCAGCAGUAGCUGUCACUGUCAGCAGUAGCUGUCACUGUCAGCAGUAGCUGUCACUGUCACCAGUAGAUGCAGACAGGAGAACGCAGGAUUCACAGGGGCAGAUAGGGGAUGAAGCAGCCCCUCUUAUGUACAGACGUCGGAGCUUGCUUAUAAAGCGUGUGCAGGCUGGACUUCAUACAAGAAUGGCUCCUUAUAAGUUUACUAUUGCCCAAGCUUGGGGUAAAUACGUGAGCAGGGCUCCCACUAAUUUUACUUUCUUGAACAAAAGGUAAAAUAGGAAAGGGCAGAAGAAUCAACUACCUAGUAGUUGAAAAGAUAAUUCUUUGUAAUUAUCGACUACGACGACGCGACGUUCUAUCAUAGUUGGGAAAAGGAUAGACAGAUUUUGCUUGGGACGUUGAAACAAUUACCAACUAAGCAACAGAAGUUUGUUGAACACAACAGACGAGAGAACAUGUUCCAGAGAGAGGGACAGAAUAAUCCAGAUCGACAUGUAUCGAAUAUUUUUAAACGCAUUUUUGAUUGUGAGAGUACGAGUGAGAUGUGUAUACCUAGUAGAGAUGACGCCAGAAUUUCGCAAAAUACCUUUAAUUCUUUGUACAUAAAGCUUACAUUAGUGUGUAUAUUUCUUGACGGAAUUUUGACGUCAACUGAGGUCCAAAAUCCACAAAAGCGGAGCGAAGGAACUUCUAUUAGUUGUUCAAAAUCCUUUUCGCUUCGAUUUAGUGGAGUCUGGACUUUAAGCUAAUUUAUAUGAAACAUGGCUACCUACUACAAGUAGAAGUAUUUAACUGUUGAAUAAAAAGAUAGAUUCUAACAAAAAGACACCUAGUGUGGAUACCGCUUAGUAUAAUUAUUAUCAAUAGCGACACAUAGGUACAAUAGGUAAGACAUAGCAUACUUGUCUAAUACAAGACCAUCUAGUUAGGAACCGUUUGCCAUAACCUACAAUGUGAUAAACUGUACAAGUGUACUAAUAAAGAUAUGUGUAUCAAGCUCCAUGUUUUAGGGAUUCCAUAUUAUAGAUAUUUAUCACAUGAAAGCGGGGGAGCUAUACUUGUGUGUGUAAGAAUAUGCACAUGGUGUUUGUAUGGUUUAUUUGGCGACUCGGCCACUUCUUCCGAGCGCUACCGACUUGACGCGUACUAACACAAUGUGCAGACCAUGUCCCACCUCAUCGCAUGUCCACUGUGCCCUGAAACUUGCUCGCGGCAGGACCUCAUGGGUGCAUCCGGGAGUGCUCUCGCUGUGGCGACAUAUUGGGCUGACAAAGUAUAGUCUCACUAUAAGACGUGAUAUUGUCACGAAAGAAGAACAAUGUGCAUAUAUAUUUCACACACAAGCAUGACUCAUCGGCUUUCGUGAGAGAUAAAACAAGUAUGAAGUAUCAAUGAAAAGUUAGGAUAAGUAAAGAGAACUAUUUUGUGAUUACCUGUUAAUAAUGAUAAGUAUAUAAUAACUAGAACUAUGUGAAUCGUCCGGCCGUCUGUGUGACAUGUACCGACUGUGCAGAGUGAGGUGAUGUAUUGUGAUGUAACUCGAGUUUAUUGUAUCAAUAAAUAAAUUAUAAUUAUUAAUAAUGUGCCAACUA